AUGACUUCUUUCAUACAGAUAAGAAAUAAGCAUCGUCUAUAAUAUGUCCUUAACGCGUUUGGCUCAAAAACAGCUGUUUCGCACCAUGGACGAAAUCAACCAACAAAACUCGAUCUUGGCUCUGGAUUCCAUCAACAUAUAAAGUAAGUUUGCGCGAGAGGAGCAACGCGGAGAGGGAUAUGGAGAAGAAGAACAGGCUGACUGUCACCUAUAAAAGUUAUUAUAUAAAUUUAAAGGUUACUAAACAAGCUAAGUAAUUAAUUUGAUGUUUUUAGGGCUUUUCUUAAUGACUUACGAUAUUAAGUGUCUCGAUCAAGAACAAAAUGGUGAUAGAACCCUCGUGGGGUUUGAACCAACAUUUUUUCACAUAUCAGCCCAGAUAUUUAACCACUAAACUACAACACCCAGACAGAGACUGUUAUGUUUAAGAAAAUCAACGCAGCUUUCCGUGCGAACCAUCUUGGACCUCGCUCACGGGACAGGUUCAGGCCCAAUGAGGACUACCACAGCGCGUGCACUGUGAAACUGGUCCGGAGCACGUCUAUGCUCGUGGUCGGGGAGAGCAGACGCGCGCCGCAGGACACCACGCUGAAGCGAAGCGUGAGCGCAGUGAGCGUCGAGUCCUGCACUGCACUGUAUUACUACCAGAGCCGAGAGGACCGAGUAUGGCUCUAUUCCCAGAACCAGAACUGCUUAGAGUACUUACAGGAACUGGUGGCGCUCAGGCGGCAGUACACCAAGAGCAUCAAUGACCUCAAGAACAGCGAACGCAAAGAGACCACGUCCCGCAAGAAGAACCCCGCACCCCGGCCACCGCAAAACAGAGCUGCACAGACUUCAAGGCCUGAACCUUCUGCUCCACCAAUCCCAAAUGAGGAAGACACACUCCAGUUCUUUGAUGCAGUCAUUGCAAGCUGUGACCCAGAGCCCAGUCGAAAACCACAUAUGGAUAAUGGGCAUGCAGAUGUGGACUUCAUAGUGGCUACUAGUACCAGCGAACAUGACCUUCACUCUAACUGGGUACUUCGGGACCCUCGUCGAAUCUCCAUGACAGAGUCGCAGCCCAAGAAUUCAGAUAUCAGUCACGGGCAGGCAGCCCAGCGGAAGGGGGACAUGGGAAGCACAGGUAGCAGGAGACGUCUACAACGAAACCCAAUCCACCUGCCAAAAGUGGUGGAGAGUGCCUUUCAGACUCUGCGCUUCAAACCCAAGCUCAAGAAGAAAGACUAGCUGCUUAAAGGAACAUGCCACUAUUUUUGAAAAUAGGCUCAUUUUCCAACUCCCCUAAUGUUAAACAGUUGAGUUUUACCAUUUUUGAAUGCAUUCAGCCAAUCUCUGCGUCUGGUGGUAGAACUUUAGCUGUAGCUUAGCAUAAAUCAUUGAAUCUGAUUUGACCGUGAGGAACUCGCUCAUAAAUGACCAAAGAGUUUUG